GAAAGUAAGUAGGAGAUGACUUCUGAGUUACCUCUCGAGGAUGGGGAAGAAGUGGAGAGAGGGAGGGUUGCAGCAAAGAAAGUUAAUAAAAAUUGGUUCAACCAUGGUGCCGUGGAAUGUGACACAGCUACAGAGCAAAAGCAGAGGUUUUUGUUUUUCAUCUUGCAUCUGCGCCUAGCAGGCCGCGCCCUUGAUGAAGUAGGUCUCAAGAACUCGUUCUCCUCGAUCGUGGUAAAAGACAACACUAGACCCUUUAAAGUACGUCCGACACUGGGACGGAACCCUGGGCGGAUGGGGCGGAGAUGCACGGGGAGAGGCGGCCCUUCCGGUGCGGUCCCGGGCCCAGCUUCCGGCGUCAACCUGGCAGCUGCCCGGGCGUCCUGGAGCCGCUGCGAGCCCUGUGCUGACCAGGCAACGGCGCCGACUUUCCUGUUAGCGGGGCCUCGGCUGAGGACGGCGUGCGGAGCGGGGUUACGUGGUACUUCUGUAAUGGUUAGGUUUGUGACCAAUACAACCAAAGAGAGCAAGCAAGACUUAUUGGAAAGGCUGAAAAAAUUGGAGUUUGAUAUCUCUGAAGAUGAAAUAUUCACUUCUCUGACUGCAGCCAGAAAUUUAGUAGAGCAGAAGGAAGUCCGGCCCCUGCUGCUAGUUGAUGAUCGGGCACUACCUGAUUUCAAAGGAAUACAAACAAGCGAUCCUAAUGCUGUGGUCAUAGGAUUGGCACCAGAACACUUUCAUUAUCAAAUUCUGAAUCAAGCAUUCCGGUUACUCCUGGAUGGGGCGCCUCUGAUAGCAAUCCACAAAGCCAGGUAUUACAAGAGGAAAGAUGGCUUAGCCCUGGGGCCUGGCCCAUUUGUGACUGCCCUGGAGUAUGCCACAGACACCAAAGCCACAGUAGUGGGCAAACCAGAGAAAACAUUCUUUCUGGAAGCACUGCGGGGCAUUGGCUGUGAACCUGAAGAGGCCAUCAUGAUAGGAGACGAUUGCAGGGAUGAUGUUGGAGGAGCUCAGAAGGUCGGCAUGCUGGGCAUCUUAGUAAAAACUGGGAAAUACCGAGCAGCAGAUGAAGACAAAAUUAAUCCCCCUCCUUACUUAACUUGUGAGAGUUUCCCUCAUGCUGUGGAACACAUUGUGCAGCAUCUACUGUGAACCAUUAUGUGAAGAGAAGCAACUCGAAAUGCAGCUUUUUGUCGUCUGGAAUGAAUCCCUCACCAACCCAGUGCCAGCGCAGGCAGACACACCCCUCAGCGCCAUCACCGUCAACCCUCUUUUAUUGUGCGUUAGUUAGAAGGAAAGGGAUUGAAUUGCAGCCAGCCACUAAGCUGGGCUUACCUCUUUUGUUUUAUUUUGUAAAAGAAAAUGAGACCCAAAGAAAGGGAAAGUGAGAUUUUACGCCAUUCCUUUUAAAAUAUUCAUCAGGCGAGGCAUGGCUCGGAGGGAGACUGUUCUUCCGGGGUUCAUGUUCUCUGCUGUCUCCUCACUAGUAAAUUGGGGGCUGGGAGAUUCAGGUUAUGAGUAAAGUUAAAUGGUGUUUUUUAAAUUAUCAAGGAAUACGUUGAAAGAUGCAUUAGGCUGUAGUAUUAAUAUGGAGUUCAAGUGUGAGACCCAUCAGAAGUGCCAAGUGGAGUCCAUGUCAGAAGAAGCAAAAUGCAUUGUCCUGCAGCCCAAGUGAUGGAGUGAAUCUGCUCUAACGGAUGUGGAAAACUAGAUUAUCUGCUGUGUUAUUCCCAGCACGGGUGACUUCUUUUUCUCUUCAUUAGCCAGAGACGACUAAUUUAAAUUUAGAAACUGAUUUUAAUUUAAUAUUUCCAUUAAUAACCUAUUCAUUGCAGAUACUUAUUAUACUGUGUAACAGUUGUUUUGGAAAUUUUAUGUAAAAUUAAAACUAUCAGUAUUUUACAGAUGUUUUAAUUAGACAUUGUUAUUAACAGGAACAGUGCAGAAACUAAAAUCAAGCCUUUAAUGUCUUAUAGACCAUGCGUUUUUGAAGUUAGUGUCCACCAGGGUCCUAUUAACUGUACAUUUGCAAGAUUUCAUUAUUUUUGCCUCUGACACUAUGGGAAAAAUCUUUUAGAAGCUAUUGGGACAGAUUCAGGCUUUUAUGUACUUGGUUACUACAGCUGUAAAAUGAAAUCUCAUCUGGUAGCGUGGAUUAUUCUUCUCGUGUUAAACCCACCCAAAUGAAGGGGCCUAAGUAGGUAAUGAUUUUCCUCGUGCAUUUGCAUACUGUGAUCAUCCUGGGCCUUUGCAAUUGUUUUCCACGGCUCUUGGGCAUUGAAUUAUUAGCAUGUAAUUGUACAUCAUUGUAGUGUUCACCUGAUUGAAGCACCCACUGACGUGAAUGAGCUCCGGGUUCUGAUGCUUGUUUAGAGAUCAGCGUGGUCUUGGAUGGGAGGGAGCAAAGCUAAAUAAAUAGUAGCUUCUCUCCUUCCGGUCA